AUGUUCAGCUUUGGCGGUAAUGUUGGUGAUCAAGAAGAAGCGGGAGGUAGUACAACAACUCGAAAAGAUACAAAGUGUGUUUCACCGGAUGGACCACCUGAGAUUUAUAAGGUCGGUAUCAAAGUGCCUCCGUUUUACCCAGACGAUCCCGAAAUUUGGUUUGCUCAGUUAGAAGGCCAAUUUGCUUUAGCUAAUAUAACCAGUGAUAUGACUAAAUUCUACUACGUCAUUGGUCACAUUGAGCAUCAAUACGCGAAAGAAAUAAAGGACAUAAUAGUGAACCCUCCAGCGGCCCAAAAGUAUGACAAGCUUAAAUCUGAGUUAAUUAAUAGAUUGUCCGCAUCGAAAGCGUCUAAAAUUAAACAGUUGCUGCGCCACGAGGAACUUGGUGACCGAAAACCCUCGCAAUUUUUCCGGCACCUUAGGGAUCUAGCCGGUGCCGAAUUUCCUGACGAGUAUUUACAUACGAUAUGGAUCAGUAGACUACCAGUAAACGUCCAAACAGUUCUUGCCGCGCAGAGAUCGGCUACAUUAGAAGAACAGGCCGAACUAGCAGACAGGAUUAUGGAUAUAGCUUCUUCAACGCCCAACGUUCAUGCUAGUGUAAGUCCAUCACCUGUUGACGACGACCGGCGAAAGGAAGUAUCGGAGCUGCGAAGGCAAAUUGAGAUGCUGACAUCCAAGUUCAGCAAUAGAUCUCGCCAGAGUGCCAGACAACCACAACGAGGGCGCUCACGAAGCCGUUCUCAGUCAAGCUACCGCAAAUACCCGGUUUGUUUCUACCACUCCAAAUACGGUAACCAAGCCAAUAAGUGCGUUCGACCUUGCGACUUCAAAACCUCGGAAAACAAGAAGGGCAGUCGCUAA